CUUUCGUACCUACGUAAUAGAGAAUGUCGGUUGUUGUCGCAGUCAGGGUUACUACGUUGAGAUGGUUUCGUGUCUAAAAAAGCCACCGGAAAACACUGAGGUUUUUUGCCCCAAAGACUUGUUAGAGAUCAGCUUCGGUAAGAUCAGUAGGCCAGUGGCAGUGACUUCACUGACUGGACCGGAAACUAACUGCGAAGUCAUGAUGAAAUGUCCAGUAAACCAGCUGGUACCAAAACCCAGAUCAAAGACAAUGUGAACUGUCAUAGAAGACCCAGCUGCACAAGACAGGAAAAACGUAAUUGGAUUUAAUAUUUGUGAGUACGGAAAUAGUAUAGGAUGUAGCCGUGGACACUGCAAAGACUUAUUGCCACUGCACUUGCGACAUCAGGGAUUGAGGCUCCGUACGCGUGUUUGUAACACCAAGACAGCAAGAGUGCCAAUGAUCAUGCAGAGACGUCACAAUCUCUUUUGAUAAUGGUGUCCCUGCUGAAGCCCAUUGUAGUGGCACUACUGAUUUUCAUCCACGCUAUUCUCUACGCUGGAGUGCUCUCUGCUUCUGUGCCAGGUUUGGGCGUUACAAAGCAGCAGGUUGGCGACAACACGAGCAUUUCGAGCAACUCAACAUCGCGGAACGUUUCAUCCAAAAUCUGUGACCCCUCCUCAGCUAUCAACAACUCUGAGAUAGCAGUAAACGUUACUUCUAACGUCUCCACAUGUCUGUCCACUGUGGUAACGAAUUUAUCUUCCACCAACGAAGAGGAUGGGUCAACCGGGAUCUUGGUUUACCUUUCUGCUUGUGUAGGCACCUGGGCAGUGGUAGCAAACAGUCUCCCGCUAGCUGCCAUCAUCAAGCAAGAGCAUCUCCAAACGCCAGCCUACAUUCUCAUGGCUAACCUGGCCGCAAGCGACGUCCUGACCGGGUUCUCGUCUCUCCUCUCGGCCGGCACGCGUGUGUAUUUCGUACAGACCGCGACCUCACCUUCUGAAGCCCUGCUACGUUUCCGAUUCACCAUCCUGCUACUCUCAGGGAUGUCCUCCGCUUACGGUCUGAUGGCGCUAACGGCCGAGCGCUACUGGUUCAUCGUUCACGGGAUGACCUACGUCAACAACGUCACCAACGACAAGUGUAAGCUCGUGGCGGUUCUCGUGUGGGCGUGGUCACUACUGCUGGCGAUUCUGCCCACCUUUGACUGGUACUGCGAAGGGCGUUUUGACGAAAGAUGCAUUCCACUGGGCGCAGGGUUGUCCUUCAACUACGCGGUCGUGGUCUUGGUGUUUAUUUUCAUCCCGAUCGCGGCAAUCAUCUUCCUCAACAUGGGGAUACUCUGGUGCCUGUGGAAGCAGGUGAACGCCAUCGCUGCACAAGAAGCCGCGGUGGGAGCCCAGCCCAGCACCAGCCGGAAGUCCGCCUUCACCGUCGUGCUCAUCACCGUGGUGUUCCUGGUGGGAUGGUUGCCUCUAGCGGUCAGGAUGGCGCUGUUUACUCGGUACAACACUCCGAUGUCCACAGUGCUGGUCUUCGUGGCCUUGAACUCUUCUUCGAACCCUGUGAUCUACGGGUUUCGCCUGAAGGAAGUUCGUCGCGGCGUCGUGCGACUCUUCACCAACCAUUAAACGGUGGAGUCAGUUUUGUCGUAGGCCGUCGUAC